AUGUCUACACCUACACCCAAGCUCCAGCACGUCCAAGCCUCCGAGGGCCGCGACGCCGUCCUCAGCGCCAUGCGCGCGGACGGCGCCGUCAUCAUCAAGGGCCUCUUCACGGAGGACCAGGUCGUCCGGCUGAACGCGGAGGUGCAGCCGGCCAUUAAUCAGCUCGGCGCGGGCUCCAAGCACGCCGAGGGCUGGGUCAAGGAGUUCCACGGCGAAAACACCAAGCGGCUCAACAACGUCGUGUCGCUGAGCCCGACGUUCCGGCACGAGAUGCUCGAGAGCGAGUUGAUUCAUCAGCUGUGCGAGGCCGUCUAUCUUGAGGACGCGGGCGGGUACUGGAUGAACUCGGCGCAGGUCAUUGAUAUUGGACCGGGCAGCGCUGCGCAGCCGCUGCAUCGCGACCAGUGGCAGUUCCCCAUCUUCACACGCGCCGGGCCUGGCGCGCCUGAGGCGAGCGUCAAUUUUGUGGUUGCGCUGUCUGAGUUCACGGUCGAUAAUGGUGCUACGAGGGUCAUACCCGGCAGCCACGCCUGGGCCGACCUCGGGGACAAUGGCACGCCGGCGGACACGGUGCCAGCCGAGAUGGAACACGGGGACGCGUGCUUCAUCAGCGGCAAGGUCGUGCACGGCGGGGGGGCCAACGUGACGGAAGACCGCACGCGCAGGGCCAUCACGCUGGUGUUUCAGUGCUCGUACCUCACGCCAGAGGAGGCGUACCCGUUCCUGGUCGACGCCGAGGUUGCCCGGUCGCUCAGCCCGCGCGGCCAGCGCAUGAUUGGGUUUCGGUCGCAGUUUUUGAAGAACAGCCCUGGCGUGUGGAAGAGCGACUAUGGCGCGGUGGACGAGGUCUACUGUUAG